AGAACAUUAUGUCGAGUUGCUUGCCCGUUUGGUUUCUGAAGGAAUACCCAUUUUGAUUGUGAAGCAAAUCUGCUCUGCGGAUCUUCAAUCCUUCCAUACAGCCAUGAGAGGAAACCCCGCUACCCCGUCCAAAGCCUGCCAGCCGUGCCGCACCAAGAGACGGAAGUGUGAUAUGAUGCGACCAGGAUGUUCUCAAUGCCGAAGAGCGAACAUUGAUUGCGGAGGUUAUCGGGAUUCUUUCUCAUUGCGCCUCCGUGAUCAGACGUCUCUGGCAGCUCGCAAGUCUCAUGAGCGGGCUGCCAAGAGUCGAACCACCUCUCCCAAAACCGAAUCUGAACCUGAAUGUGAUGAGACUGUCAGGGUCCAUGCUUCCGUCGCUCGGGAACUGCCAGAGACCCCGGAAAUACUAGCUCUGAGCUAUUUCAUGCAUAUCUAUGCCCCGACUGCUGCAUUCGAGUACUUGGUCGAAGUAUCGUCGACAUUUCUCACUACGCAGCCCCUAGCGGAUGCUCUUCUAGCCCCAUCACUGCUCUUAUUCUCGCAGAACCUCCGAUUACCAUCAGUCCAAUCACUUGCCCAAUCGCAUUACGCUAGGGCAUUAAGGUCCACAAAUUCAGCCCUUUCAUGUCCAGACCUAGCGACAAGCGAUAGUACUCUCCUGGCAAUAUUGCUACUGAGUCUAUUCGAAGCCUUGGUCUUUCAAGGACGAAAAAUUCCAGUGAAUUGGAACGCCCAUACUCGCGGGGCGUCGGAGCUUUUACGACUCCGAGGCGAGGGACAAUUCGACAGUCCCCUCGGCCGCCAUUUAUUCCGACAUGCCUCUUUGAACAUUAGAACACAUUGUGCCCAACUCGGUGUGAGCACGCCUUCUGUCUUGUGCACUCUUGAAAGCGCUCAAUUGGAGAGAAUAUAUACGACUGGAAGGACUCGCCAAUUCGGACGAGUGGUCGACGGUAUUGCAAAUGCGCGGGCUAACAUGAACAAUCUCACCCCCAUGGAACAUUUGUCCAGACUUUUAGAGCUGAACAGCGUUCUGGAGAAUAUUUUGAACGAUCUCCGGAGAGAAGUACCUUUCGAAGUCAUCGAUGCCACAGCCAUACAAGGAUCCAUACGGACAUACAAGAAUAAAGUAUAUCGAUACGUGUCUCAGAGAAUCGCGCGGACGUGGAAUAUGGUUCGGAUAACCAGAUUAUUCAUUGUCCAGAUGAUGAACUCCGCAUUACUCUCUCCUCGUGCUCUGGACUUUCCAGAUGAGGCGCGGGUUCGAGUCCAAGAGCUUAUCACGGUAACUGGCACGGAGAUGAUAUCCGACAUUCUGCACAGCGUUCCAUACUCACUUGAGCUUUCCGUCAACCCGAUAGUGUCGGCUAGGGCACUUAUUUACCCUUUAUCUGGGAUUGCGGUCUUCGAAUUCGCGUCACCGGAUGCUGCAGAGUAUGCUCUCAACAGAUUGGAGUUCAUUGGCAGGCAGUAUGGCUUCCCGCAAGCUAUUGACUCGGCGAAUAUGAUUGCACAAACUAACGACCUCGAAGACUGGUAA